AUUACUAAGUUUUCAUGUAGCAUUUAGCAGUUUGACGAAUUUUUGCUGUCCUUUUGAUUUUUCAAUCGUUUAGAUUGUAGUUUCAAAUACAUACUGUAGGACGGAUGAGAUAAAUUUACCGUCUGUUGCCCUUCAGUUUCAAAGACAGCUGGUGAAAUCGCCUGACAGCAACCUCGAAUCGACACGUCACAGCCCGUAUUUAUCCCAUAAAAUCCUUGAGAUGAAUGAAGCGAUGACGGGGGCGACAGUCAAAAGUCCGAGGAAAAUCUCAUUUUCGUUGGACCUUCCACCUAUUCGAGCAAAGCACGCGGGAGCAAUGCCUUCAAAGACCUUUUUAAAAGCAGGACCCGAUAACGUUAACAAACCGUCAAAGCAACACAAAUUCACUAGAAUGAACAAAGUGCAUGCCGUGAAAGUGUCCUCUAUCGCAAAGCCCGCUAAUCCAUUCGGUGUAAGUGGAAGGGCGGUCAUGCCUAAAUCGGGGCAUCGACAUACUCCGAAUGUGACGGAGGAUAGACAGUCUAAAAGCGCCAUGGCCAGAAUGACUAGAAUGGCAAAAUGCGAACAUGAUGAAGGAGAAUCGAUUGAUGUUGAUGAGUAUAUAGAUCUCCCAUGCCCAUGGUGCCAGCAGGCCAAAAACUGGCAUUACAGACCGCUUAGUUACAGAGAAGAGAGCAUCAUUGAACGUGCAAGAAGAAACACCGCAUCAUCUCGGAUUCAGAGUGCACCAUGGUCGACAGCAAAUAGAAAUCUUAAGAGACAAAAUACCAGGAACUUUAUCAAAAGUUUCGUAUUCGCCGAUAACCAAGGUGGAAAGACAAUAUAUGCAAAACCUAAACCCUGGCUGCCUCACAACAUAUGGACCUGGGGACCAGGAUUUUGAAGAGAAUUGAAUUAACAAAUAAAUGGCUACAACAGUCGAUAGAAUGCAUCAUUGAAUUCAGUCAGUUUUAUCUCAUCUCUUUCAAUAUUGUUUCAAUAUUGUUUAAAACAAUUUUACAAAAAUUCCUUAUAUUUGUUCUACUUGUUCAUUUGUUUUUUUGUUUUGUUGGGUAUAUGGCUUCAAUAUGUUAUUAUCAAACCCAUUUCUCGAAAACAUCAAUUACGAUUUGCGGAUUCAAUGGUCUUCUACGAUAUUUCCAUUCCUCGAAACUUGACGAUUUUUGUCGAUCUACGAUUAAAUCGUGGAUGAAGACGAUUUUGACGACACCUCUAGGGUUACUCGUCAACCAAUACACGAUUUAUUUUCUGUGAUCUGAUUGGUCAUGUAUAUUCUGAUAGUGGAAUGGCGUGCCUGUAGCCAAUGGUAUGACUCCGGAAUAUGGAUAAUCCGAAGCACACAAUUCUUAUUUUGAUAUUUUUAUACUGUAAACUAAUUCGAAAGCAGAAAACGACAAAUAAAGAAUAUUCUAAUUAAAGAAUUGAUCUUUUUUAUUUUAAACAUUCAUACGGUACACCAAGACGAUCAUCUAAUGCAGGUACAUGUAUGG